AUGGCAAAAACUCUAUCCGCUACCCAGGCGAAUAAAGAACAUGUCUUGGCUGUAUCCAGGGAUUUCAUCUCGCAACCCCGUCUUACUUACAAGACGGUAUCUGGUGUAAACGGGCCGCUAGUAAUCUUAGAUGAAGUAAAGUUCCCAAAAUUCUCUGAAAUUGUACAGCUACGACUUGCAGAUGGCACUCUACGGUCUGGACAGGUUCUGGAAGUCAGCGGCACUAAAGCCGUUGUCCAAGUCUUUGAGGGUACAUCAGGUAUUGAUGCCAAAAACACUCUUUGCGAGUUCACCGGCGAUAUCUUGAGGACACCAGUAUCCGAAGACAUGUUGGGUCGUGUAUUCAACGGCUCUGGAAAGCCCAUCGACAAAGGCCCCCCAAUCCUGGCCGAGGACUUCUUGGACAUCCAAGGUCAACCCAUCAACCCAUGGUCGCGUAUCUACCCAGAGGAAAUGAUUCAGACUGGUAUUUCCGCCAUCGACGUGAUGAACUCCAUCGCCCGUGGUCAGAAGAUCCCCAUCUUCUCGGCCGCCGGUCUGCCCCAUAACGAGAUUGCUGCGCAAAUCUGUAGACAGGCUGGUCUUGUUAAGGUCCCCGGCAAAUCCGUGUUAGAUGACCAUGAAGACAACUUCGCCAUCGUAUUCGCUGCUAUGGGUGUCAACAUGGAGACGGCCAGAUUCUUCAAGCAGGACUUCGAAGAGAACGGCUCUAUGGAGAACGUGUGCCUCUUCUUGAACUUGGCCAACGAUCCAACUAUUGAGAGAAUUAUCACUCCCCGCUUGGCUUUGACUGCCGCUGAAUUCUUGGCCUACCAGUGCGAGAAACACGUGUUAGUUAUCUUAACCGACAUGUCUUCGUAUGCCGAGGCUCUGCGUGAGGUGUCAGCCGCCCGCGAGGAAGUGCCCGGCCGUCGUGGUUUCCCAGGUUACAUGUACACCGACUUGGCCACCAUCUACGAGCGGGCGGGACGUGUGGAGGGUCGCAACGGCUCCAUCACACAGAUCCCUAUCCUCACUAUGCCCAACGACGACAUCACUCAUCCCAUCCCCGAUUUGACUGGUUAUAUUACUGAAGGACAGAUCUACGUAGACCGUCAAUUACACAACAGACAGAUCUACCCGCCAGUGAACGUGCUUCCUUCACUCUCACGUCUGAUGAAGUCCGCCAUCGGUGAGGGCAUGACACGUAAAGAUCACUCCGACGUGUCUAAUCAAUUGUACGCGUGCUACGCCAUCGGUAAGGACGUGCAGGCCAUGAAGGCCGUGGUGGGAGAGGAGGCUCUGACCCCAGACGACUUGCUGUACUUGGAGUUCCUUACUAAGUUCGAGAAGAACUUCAUCACCCAGAGCAACUACGAGAACCGUACAGUGUUUGAAUCGCUCGACAUCGGCUGGCAAUUGCUACGUAUCUUCCCCAAGGAGAUGCUUAAACGUAUCCCCGCUUCCAUCCUCGCCGAAUUCUACCCACGUGACUCUCGUCAC